AUGAAGGUGAUUCUAAUUUUUGAAGAUGAGAAUGAAGCUGAAGUUGAGGAAGAAGCUAGAUUGAAUAUGUCUGGUAGAGGUAGAGGAACUAGAGGCACCAAUGACCUCAUGGAACGCAUGGCUCAGAUUUUGGAAGCUAUGGUGCACAAUCAAGGCAGAGAGCUGGCUGAGUAUCGAGGGUUAUAUGCCUUCACCAGGCAUGAUUCUCCAAGGUUUGAGGGUGGAUUCAAUCCCGAAGGAGCCCAAAAGUGGGUGGCUGAUGUGGAGAAGAUCUUCAAUGUAAUGGGGUGUCAUGAGGAGAACAAGGUUGCUUAUGCCACCUACUUGCUAUGUGGAGAGGUUGAGGACUGGUGGAGGAACCAGAAAGCUAGGGAGUUUCUUGAACUGAAGCAAGGAAGUAUGAUUGUGGAGGAAUAUGCAGCUAAGUUCCAGGAGCUGAUGAAGUAUUGGCCUCAUUAUCAGCUUGGUGAUGGAGAGGAGGAUCUGUGUGCUCAAUUUGAGCAUGGAUUGAGGCCCAACAUCCGAGCUGCAGUCAGUGUGUUUCAGCUGACAGAUUUGCCCACCCUAAUAAGCAAGAGCAGAAUUUUUUAA